GCCUUGACGAUCCACGGUCGGCUGCUGUCGAUGUCCCGGGGAGAAGAGGUACUGUGGGCGGCUGUAGACAGGGACUGUCCCGCGCUGUGCUGGAUUGCUGGGAAGAAGAAGGAGGCCGUCGAACUGAGGGCUUUGGAAAGGGAGCCAUAGGAACAGCCGCUGAGAAAAGGUGCUUCCAGAGGACACUGUAAGCCAAGAUAACGUGAGAGCCACAGCACCUCCUGCUGCAAAUAUGAUGAACGAGGAGCUGCUGGAGGACCAGGCCAAGCUGAAGCAGGGUCUGGUGAAAGUGCUGCAGUGUGUGGCCACCAUCUCGUCCGCAGCGGCUGUGGUUAACCCUAUCUUCGGAGUGGCCGGCUCUCUGAUCCGAGUGGUGCUCCACCACAUUGACGAUGAGGACAUCCGCACGCUCAAGAGAGAGUUUGGCUCAGUUAACCGUGCUCUGGACGAUAUCUCCCAGCAGAACCGCAACACCCUGCUGCAGAUUAAGAAGGAGACGCUGGACGGCCAGUACUGCCGAGUGGAGGAGAACCUGAAGAACCAGUUCAGGAAGUUCAUGGAGAUGGUGGAGGCACGGCCCGACCAGCGUGAGCGCAAGAAGGACGACUUCGAGGAGAGCUACAGUAACGACCUGGGUGAUCAGAACCUGCACACGCUGUAUGACGGUGUGGUGGGCACCCCUAAGCUCUUCAGCAAGCCCAUCCUGGAGGUGUACCUGAGGCACAGCCAUGGAGACCGCCACACCAUGGAGCGCCUGUGCACCCGCCUCACCUACCUCUUCUGCAUUGGCCUCAUCGCACUCAUGGGCUUCGCCGCCAUCAUCGGGGACGACGAGGAGGGGCUAAGUGAGGAGUGGGCCGAGAAGAUGGAGCACGUCCAGGAGAAGAUGCAGGAGGCCCUGCGCCGCUGCCACUGACUCACACAUUCCCCUCAGCUCCACCAUUGACCUCCUGUGCAGAGACUGCAGCCCAGCACCAGGGGGCAGACUUGUGCAGCUGCACAGAGGCCUGUGCUGAAGCUCCGGUUCUUUCUUUAUAACCUCCUGUUACUCUAACACGGGACUUUGGCUCAUGGCUUUUCUCUUUAGUUUGGUCUGACCACACGUUUCUAUAUCUGACCAUAGCACUUUCUAUAUAUCUGUUCUUCUCGGUGUCACCUGAACGUGCACGUUUCACCGCCUGUGCCUGGAUGUCUCAUUUUAUGUCUCAUUUUAUAUUAUUAUGUUACUUUUUUUAUUUCUUGUAACAUAUUUACCAUGUGCAUUAGCAUGAAGAAUCAUACUUUUGUUUCUGGAGAUUCUAUUACAAUCAUGUUUAUAACAGUUCAGAUUAUUUUGCUCUCGACAGAUAAUUAUAGCAGCUGGUGCCUCCAUGUGAGAACCUCUGCCUGCUCUGUAUAUAUGCACUUCAAUAAAUACGGGAUGAAUAUUAGAAA